AUGUCGAUAAAGUUUAGACACAUUCCCAGAGUGCGCAAUGAGAUUGCAGAUGCAUUGGCCACUUUAUCUUUGAUGCUCCAGCACCCUGAUGACGCUCAUAUCGACCCUUUAUACAUACAAAUUCGUGAUCAACAUGAUUAUUGCAACAUGAUUGAGGAGGAAUUUGAUGCUCCAUGGCCUUUAGUGGCAUGGGGAAUGGAUGUGAUUGGACCGAUAGAACCAAAAGCAUUGAAUGGUCACAUGUUCAUCUUGGUGGCCAUUGAUUAUUUUACAAAGUGGGUGGAAGCAGUAACUUUCAAGUCAGUGACCAAGAAGGUCAUGGUGGAUUUCAUCCAUUUCAACAUCAUCUGCCGGUUUGGUAUUCCAAAGGUGAUUAUAACUGAUAACGCCGCAAAUCUCAACAGCGACUUAUGGCAAGAGGUAUGCUACCAUUUUAAGAUUGAGCAUCGAAAUAUGACUCCGUAUCGCCCAAAGGCAAACGGUGCUGUAGAAGCUGCUAACAAAAAUAUAACAAAGAUACUUCUCCGUACGUCAGUGGGCGCUACCCCAUAUUCACUGGUAUACGGGACUGAUGCAGUUAUACCUACAGAGAUUGAGAUCCCAUCUUUACGAAUUGUUGUGGAGGCUAAAAUUGAUGAUGAUGAGUGGGUCAAAACUCGGUUAGAGCAAUUAAGUUUGAUUGAUGAGAAGCGUCUGACAUCAAUAUGUCAUGGACAAUUAUAUCAGAAAAGAAUGACACGGGCAUACCACAAAAAGGUGCGUCCCAGACAUUUUGAAGAGGGUCAAUUAGUGUUGAGACGCAUUUUGCCACAUCAUGCCGAAAUCAAAGGCAAAUUCUCUCCAAAUUGGAGAGGACCAUUCGUUGUUAAAAGGGUAUUACCCAAUGGUGCUCUUUACUUAGCAGAUAUAGAAGGCAAAGUGACAGAAACGGUCGUCAAUGCUGAUGCUGUGAAAAGAUAUUACAUAUGA